UCUUUUGAUGAUCAAAAUUAAUCGCGCCCGUGCCUGGACCGCAGAUUUGAUGGAACGCCACAGGUCGCGCCAAUCCUUGUAGCUUGGGUUUGCUGCUGUGGCUGUCACGCCAUACGUCAUCCAUACCAUCGCGUCCCUCUCACAUCCGGCCGAUUCCCUUUAAAAUCUCCCCUUGCUGACUUCUUCGGCCUAUACUGCACUUUACCACUCUCGACUCCAUAAGCUCGAUUACCUGCUGCAGAUCCCUCUCAAUCAUCCACUCCCGAGCGAAGACAUCGAACCACAAUGUAAGUGCCCGACUUCGUCCCACCCCGACAUGCACCUCGCUGACGUGCACACGCGCCAGGAACAGGGCCUCCUCCAUCCGCUCCAAGCUGGGCGGCGGAAGCCACCACCAUGACAAGGGCGGCUCGUCGCACAAGUUCAACAUGAGCAGCCUGCGCGGCCUGCGCCAGCCCGAGCUGUCCAAGCGCCUCUACACCCUCAUCAAGACGCAGAACCACGCCAUCGGCGCCUACGAGCAGGCCGGCAAGGAGUCGCAGACCAUCGCCACCCAGCUCAGCGAGUGGGGCGAGAGCACAGACGACGAUGCCGUCAGCGAGAUCAGCGACAAGCUCGGCGUGCUGCUGGCCGAGGUGGCGGAGCAGGAAGAUCUGUUCGCGCAGAACUUGGAGGAUUCGCGGGGUGUCUUGAAGCAGAUCCGGAACACCGAGCACAGCGUUGCGCCGACACGGAACCACAAGGCCAAGAUCCAAGAUGAGAUUCAAAAGCUCAAGUACAAGGAGCCCGAGUCAACGAAGCUCGUCACCUUGGAGCAGGAGCUUGUCCGCGCAGAGGCACAAUCGCUCGUGGCCGAGGCGCAACUCACCAACAUCACGCGACAGAAGUUCAAGGAAGCCUACGACGUCCACACCGCCGCCAUCAUCGAGCGCGCGGAGAAGCAAAUCAUCCUCGCCAAGCAGGCUCGCCGCUUGAUCGAGCUGCUCGACGACACCCCCAUUGUCCCCGGCGAGGAGCGCGUGCCCUUCGCAGACGGCGACGAGGCACGUGAGGUGCUCAAUGAUGCCGAGAGCGGGCUGAAGCACUGGACCCCCACCGUGGAGCCCAUCAAAUUCUACUCCGAGGGCAAGCUGGGAGCGAACGCCAUGCCGGGCAACACCGACAGCGUGGAGCAGCCGAGCCACGACACUUUGACCACGGCGCAGCGCCGCGUGGAAGAGAGGGAAAGGGCGGAAGCGGAGGAGGAUGCAGGCGUGACCACUGCUUCUCCGGUCGCCGAGAAGACUGUAGUCGCGGAGACUGCUUAGACAUUGUAAGGCGGAUGGGCACACGUUGCUCUGAAGUUUUCCAUUGUCUUCGGGCGUUCGAAGUACGUUGGGUUUGAUGUUGGUAGGAUUUGGAGGAAUUUCGAUAAUUUCUGCCUUCGUAGAGGACUUGCAGGCACUGAUUCCCAUUCAAGAUAACCACU